UGCGGCGAUGCGAGCGGGCUGCGCUCGGCUCCGCUCCCCGCCUAGCCGCGCCGGCCGAGCAUGGGCUGCAUCGGCUCCAAAGGCACCCUCGUGGCUGUGGACACGACUUUGCAUGUGGAGUGGAGUGAGGUGAAGGCCCUGCCUGCCCUCUCGCCCGUGGGGAGCACCAGGACGUCGCUGGUCCACAGGCUGGUUCGGCAGAGCUCAGUGGACAGCCAGGAUUCUCUCGAGGUAAAUGUUGAAGACACUGUCGAAAUGUUACCCAAGUCCCGGCGAGCGCUCACAAUCCAGGAGAUUGCUGCCCUCGCGCGGUCUUCCCUGCACGGUAUCUCGCAGGUGGUGAAGGACCAUGUCACCAAGCCCACGGCCAUGGCGCAGGGCAGGGUGGCACAUCUCAUCGAGUGGAAAGGCUGGUGCAAGCCCACGGACUCCCCAGUGGCUCUGGAGAGCGCCUUCAACUCCUACUCGGACCUGAGUGAAGGGGAGCAGGAGGCCAGAUUCGCAGCAGGUGUGGCCGAGCAGUUUGCCAUUGCUGAAGCCAAGCUGAAGGCCUGGUCCUCCGUGGACGGGGAAGACUCCAACGAUGAAUCCUACGAUGAGGACUUUGGGACAAACACCAACAGCACCCAGCCAGCUGAUGCUGCAGGCCAGCUGCCGCCCGGCUCCUUUCUGAAGGAUCUCCUCCACAGCCACCUGUGCCAGCUCAGCGUCCGGCAGGGCUCCUGCGAGCCCGAGAGCGACUCCUCCCAGACCAUCUCCCCGGAGACCCUGUGCUCCAGUCUGUGCAGCCUGGAGGACAGCCUGCUGCUCAAGGAGCUGGGCUCUCCGGGCGAACUGGCCGCCAAGCUGCUGGGCUCCCUGGCCGGAGGGGAGGAGAUGCUCCUCUCCAAGCUGCCCCCUCAGACUGGAGAAAGUGCCUUCCGGAGCCUGGGACAGCUGGAGUGCCAGGACUCCAUGUACUCCAUGUCCUACACGGAGUCCUGCCUCUCGCCCGCGGAGGACGACGGGCUGCCCUGCAAGGACUACCACACGGCGUGCAAGCUGCACGGGGACAACUGCGGGUUCAGGAGGAAAGUCUCCGAUGUGGCCUCGUCGGGGGUGGUGUCACUGGAUGAGGAAGAGGAGGAAGAGGCUGAAGAGCAGUGAACGGGCUUGGUCUGUGGCAUGCUUCACCUGCCAUCUCUGUCCCACUCCCCUCCAGGCCCCAUUCCCAGAACCAUCUGUUCUCCUUGUGGGCGAGUCCUGUCUGGGGAUGACGUGAGCCUUAGCCGGGCAGGGGAGGAUGGUGGAAGAAAAUCCAGCACCCCCACUGGUGGAGACUGUUGAAGCCUGAGGCCUCGCGGCCGGCCGCCGGCUGGAUUUGCUUGCUGUGUCUCUCUCUCUCUCUCUCUCCCCUCGUCUGUUUUUUUGCAUGAGAGUGUUUUGGGUAAAACAAAAAACCCUGAAUCGGAGCCGACUGGACCUGACGCCAUCUGGGACGGUUCUGAGCAUGUCCUGCACCCCACCUCUGAACCCCUGGGGAGGCACCUUUCGCUGUCCGGGUGGCAUGGCUAGUGCUGUUAUAGCAACAUGUGUCUGUUCCUAACGAAGAUUAACCGCCCUACCCUGGCCCCCCCAAGCCCCGGUGCCCAGGCGCACCGUGCUGGGCUGCUCUGUGCUUGACUUGGGAGGCCGUUUUUCAACCCUUUGGCACAAAACCAGCUCUUUGCUUUUCUCGUACUGGGUUUUAUAUCGUGAACCGACUCAAGGAGAUGGCCAAGGGCAGAGCAGGUUUGUCGGGGCAGAGAUGGAUAGGAAUUGCCGUCUCUGCUGGGACUUCCCCCCAGUGGGGGAGGGUGGGACGAGGGGGCAUGGGCUGAGCUGCGGGGAGUGUGAGAGCAGAUCUUUUUCUAUAUUUUUGUAUGUUGUCUCUGUGUGGCCCUGGCCGGGAAUGUUGGGGGAUGCUCCAGGGAGACGGGGGGCAGGGACUGGUACUAGCCCGACCUCGGCAAUGAAGUAUUAACUUACCCAUUGGACAGCUUGGCCUCCGGAGAGCUGCCGCCGGGGCUGGACAGUAGGGAGAGCUCAUGUUCCCCAUGCUGGAGUCAAUCUGACUGAUCCCAGGAAUACUUUCUGCAUGCACAGCCACGGGCAUGCACCUGCGCUCUCACACGUGUGCACACAAACGCAUGGGCACACGCAGAUCCGCCCUUGCCCCAACUGUUCACAGCGUGCCAUUGAGGGUGCCCAGCAUUUUACAACUCCCCAUUCCCGCCCCGGAGAGCUGACCCUCAGCUCCUGCCAUCAGGGCCGUUAGGGGCUGGAUCCAAAUGGCCUGUUUUCUGGGUCGACUGUGGCUGAAAUCUCCUGGGAUUUCAUGCAAAGCCUCACCCCCUGUCUUGGGCUCAAACCUAGCCCCCAAAUCCAGCCCUGGCAGCCCUUCGGUCUAGCUCUGUGCACCGCUGGGUCACACACACAGAUCUGAGCACACAUGCGUACACGACAGGGCCAGGUGCCUGCAACGGGCCAGUGGGAAACAAAACCCAAAUCCCAGUUGUGGUGAGUGCUCCAGGUCCCUGUCCCACUCGCUGAGGUGGGAGCCCCCUCCCCUCUAGCAGGGGGGCUCAGGCUGGCUCCAGGCGGCUGCAGCUUUUCACCUGACGGUUCAGGAAUGCUGAAGCUGGAACCCAGAGGAAAUGCAGGGGCCCGGCAGGGCCCAGGGGAAUCUCAGCCUUGCCCUGCAGGUUCUCCCUUGCUCUCGUGGCUAUGACAGCCCCACAGCAUUUGCUGCCCCACAUCAGACUGUAGCUCCAUGAAGCCAGCAAGCACCAGCCCCUGAUGUUUCACGGGUGGGGGACUGGGCUGGGCUGUGCUCCUUCACUCAGGCGCUAAAUGGUGACUCUGGGAGACCUCGGGCAUCUGAGACCCUGCACUGUGCAUGUGCCCACAGACUGAGGACAAAGGGCAGAGCCUGGUCGGGGAGAGGGGGCACAACGUGACAGCCACCCCCAAACUGGGCUUGUUCAUGGUUAAGGAAUCCUGCAGUUUUAAGGACCCUGCUUGGCUGCUAGCUGGUGCUCAUAGGAAGGACCAUGAUGGGGAACUGGCUAGGAAGGGAGGGCAGCGUCCCUGGGUUUGUGUGGGUGCCCCGGGGUGGGAGGGAUCUGAACCAUGGCCUGCAGGGGCAGCACCCAGGCACUGCCAGCUGGAGAAAGAGUGGCUGGGUCCUGCUGGGGCCACCCACCCUGCACUGCUCCUAGCCCCGAUCCCCAGGGGCAGGGAAGGGCCCCAAGCAAGGGGGCUCCCUUGGGCAGCUGUGAGAGCUGCAGCUCCUGCACCAGUUGCUCCAGCCAAACCCUGGGCCCUAGGGAGCCCCAGCACCCAUGGCCAGCCUGGGCAGUCCUGGGCCCUGGUGUGUUUGGCCUGGCCACUCUCCCCCCCCCCCUCCAGGCUAUGGCCUCCCAUGCACCCAAUGGCUUGUGUUCCCCUCUCCCCGCAGAAGCUAUGACUUGUCCCCUCCCCUGCCCCCCCACUGGCCAUUCCACCCUCCCACACAUACACAAUGGCCUGUCAUUCCCUCCCCUCAUGUCCUCCCCCAUGCACCCAAUGGCUUGUGUCCCCCCACCCCCAACAAGCUAUGGCUUGUCCUGUUACCUCCCCACCCUCAAUGGCCCGUCCUGUGUCCCCAUGCCACAGUGGGUUGUUUCCCUCUCCCCCUCACAAAAUUGCCUGGCCAUUCCCCCACCCACUCACACACUAGCCUGUUCCCUCUCCUCCCCCACCCACAAACUGACCUGUCCCAUUCCCCCUCACACACUAUGGCCAGUUCCCCCCCCCAAUAGCUUAUCUCCCCCCUCCAUGGCCUGGUGCACCCUGGCCAGUUCUAGUAUCUGCUAUGUUAUGUUUACCAAUGCAAUUCAUUAGAGUAACAGGUGUGCCAUCCGUGAGGCACCCAGGGGAUCCUCUCCUCCCCAGUCCCUGACGCCCCCACUUCAUGUACUGCCCUGCGGCCUCCAAAUGUGCCAAACACUCCUCCCCCAGGAGCCGGUGCGGGACCUGGGUGCAGGGAGCCCCUAAGAGAUGCUGCAGGCUGAGGCCCCGUGCACACCCUGAGCUGCCCCUGGCUCCCCGGAGCUCCCAGCAGGGCCUGCGCCCUCCUGCUUUACUGGAAUUGAGCCAGCAAAUCAAGUGCCUAAACUGGGGUUCAGGCCCAGCCCGUGGAGCUCCGAGGAACUGACUCCAGGCAAGGGGAGAUGGCAUCUGACCCCAGGGCUCAGCCCACUCCCCAACCUGGCUUUCGAGCACCCAGUCUGCCUGCGCCUUGGCAGAGCAUCUGCCUGCCUGGAGAUGUCUGCUGGAUGCUGAGUAGCAGUGGACAUUGCCCGGGACUGCCCCAGGCUCUGGCCAGUGCGUCUGCUCAGGGUCUGGGAUGGGGAGUGAAUGAGGGGUCAAGAUGUCACCUCCCUGCAGAGAACCGGGGGCAGAGGGGGGGAUGUGGGAGGAUGUUAGCAAGCUCUUGGGCCAGAGAGUCAGUGUUUGGGCUCCAGGGAUAAAGCCAAAGGUGGCACCUGCUGCGCUGUGCUGGGAGGCUGCCUGUCCCAGGGAGGUGGACGGUGCCAUUGUCCCAUCUAGGCCAUGGGCCUGAGGAAACGUGCCCCUAGUUGGAGAGCUGAUGCUGCUCCCCUAAGGGACCAGUGACUUUCCAGCUGGGUGACAUGGGGCCAAACCUGCUUCCACCCGCGGGCAUGUGGACGGCUCACAACCCAGGGGCAGGCAGCAUGGCCUGAGGGCUUGGGGACGGUGUCCCAGAGUAGCUGGCACAGGCUUAGCACUUGCAGUGACCUUGUAGCAGGCAGCAACGGGACAUGGCAUUAGGUUUUCUCCCCAGUGCAUGGCUGUUUGUUAUUGUAGGGUCGCAUGAGUGCUGUGGGCUGUGCAUGGUGCUGUAUCAUUACACGGUUGCUUGAGAGCACUGGACCAUGCAUGCUGCUUUGUUAUUGUAGGGUUGCUGAUGAGUGCUGGGCUGAGCAUGCUGGCUUGUUAUUGUAGGGUUGCUUGCACAAGGUCUGAGACAAAGCCCUUUCAAGGCACUGGAAUGGCUCCUCUAGGUUGUGGGUCGGGCCCAGAGGCGAACAUGAGCGAGCGCUGUGCCUUCUCAGGCUUGCUCGUCUGCGAGCCCCAGCCACACGCCUACACCCCUGACGGGCUGGGCUGGAAGCUUCUCCCCAGGCGCCGCUGGCUGUGGCAGCUGCUGCCUGAGGGGUGGCGCAGUGGUAGAUUUCAGUUCUCAGGGUGUGUGUGUGGGGAGGGGGAGGUGGUUCUCCUCGCUGGGCAUGGUGGGGCAGGGGGAGCAACUGGCUCUUUAACUCAGCCAGGGAACCCCAGGAUUUGGGUAAGGAAGGGGAAACUGCCCUGCUCCUCCCCCACCCUCUGUCAAGGACCCCUUCAAUCUUCCCUCUUAUUGGAGCCAGUGGGACCACCCUGAGAGAUCUAGGGCAGGCUACAGUCUAUAUGGGCCCUUGGCAGCAGUCUCUCCUGGGCCACUGCCCACCCCACGUCUCCCUGGGCCCCACUGUGCCCCACACCGGCAGUGCCCACAGGCUGCUCCCCACUGCUGUUGUUGGGCAGCCCCCGAGCAAUGAAUCUGAGUCUGGUCGCAGCAUUGAGCAGGUGUUUGCAUCACCUCCCCCCCCCCCACACACUCUCUCACGUCACAGACUCUGUCCCCCUCGUGGACAGGCCACGGGUUUCCUGCCCUCUGAGGGACCACAACCUCCCUCACUCUGGGAGACACUGACAGGUGGGCUCCCUAGGGCAGCGCUGGCACACAGCUGGGCAUUGCCUGCAGGGAUCUGAAACGCCCCUUCCCUCAGGAACAUAAGGCAGAUCCACCAGCCGCUGCUCCCUGCUCAGAGCGGGCGACAGUGGCCCCGUGCCAGUGUGCAAGAGGCUCGCACACUGCAGCCGUGGGGCAGAGGCAGUGGGAGACCACGCUGGCUCGCUAGCCCCUCCCAUCCGAGAGACUCUGGGCACAUUCACAAACAUGCCCACGUUAACCCCACCCGUGCCAUGGGCAACUCCCCUUUAUGACCACUGGGGAAACAGAGGCACGGGGAGGGGACGGCCCAGCUCAUUAAAGGUAUUUAGGCACUGAACGCCCAUUGAUUUCAAUGGGAGAUAGUCUCCUUCAUACCCUGGAGGAGCUGUGCUGACCUGGCUUGCCCAAAUGAGGAAAAUGACCCAGGGGUCCUGACCCUUCGACAUCUACCCUACCCAUUGUAGCACGCUGUCUCCUAAGGAGCCUGGCUCACAGAGGGGCAGGCCCUCCCCUCCCCGGACAGCCCCAGAGAACCUAAUAAUGCAGCAUUUGGAAGGGAAAGGCAAAUAGGAGGGGUUGGCUAGCAGCACUGGGCAAUUACUAGUCCCUGGGCCUUCCCCAGCCUGCGACAGAAGUAAGUGACUCCAAUUGUACUUCACCUGAAGGGGCUGUGCAGGCAUGAGGCAGUGUGGGGUGUGUGUGUGUGCUUGUGUUGCUCACAUACAGGUGGGUGCAUGUGCACAUACCUGUGAGGGGCGUAUGCGUUGGUGCAUGAAAGUGAGGGGGGGAUGUGUGUGUGCCUGGAGGUGAGGCGUGGGUGUCCAUGUCCAUGCAGAAAUGUGAGGGGUGGUGCGUGAGUGUAUGUGUGUCGCACAGAUCUGAGGGGAGGUGUGUGCGUACACUGUAGUGAGGUGUGUGUGUGUGUGUGGGGACAGAGGUGCUCGCACAUGGAUGUGAGAAGAGGGAGUGUGUGCACAUGGAUGUGAGGGGAAGGGGGUGGGUGCACGCACAGAUGUGAGAGGAGGGUGUGUGUGUGUGUACUCGGAUGUGAGGGGAAGUGGGUGUGUGCACACAGAUGUGAGGAGAGGGGUGUGUGUACUCACGGAUGUGGGGAAAUGGGUGUGUGCACACAGAUGUGAGGGGAGAGUGGGUAUACUCACAUGGAUAUGAGGGGAGGGAGUGUGUGUGUACAUACACGGAUGUGAGGGGAGGGAUGUAUGUUUACACACACGGAUGUGAUGGGUGGAGAGUGUGUGUGUCGCAGGGCAGCAGGCUGGGAGAGGGGAGGCAUGUCCCAUGGACCCUGUCUCGGAGCCGUUCCUGGAGCUGCGUGGCCUUGCACUGUGCUUGGGGACCGUGAGCUGCCGGCUUGGCCCUGUGGCCACUGAGAGCCGCUCUGUUGUCCUGUGUCCCAGCUGCCUGUGGCCGUCCUGCCAGGCCUCUAAUAAAACGAG